AUGAGUUUCCCAAACCCAGGUAAUAACGGCAACAACAACAACAACAACAACAACAACAACAACAACAACAACAACAACAACAACAAUGGUAGCUUUGUUGGGGGGCAGAAUCAGAUGGGAGGCAGCAACCAAAACGAACUCGUUGCGUCCAUCGUCCAGGCUCUGUUGUCGAACAAUCCCCAACCGCACCAACCAUCUCAAAACCCGACGCCCCAGCCGUCUACGAUCCCACCGCAGCCGCAGCAGCCAUAUGCAGCUCAGCCCGUGUGGCCUCAGCAGCAGACCCAUCAGCAACAAUGGCAGCAACCGCAGCAUCACUAUCCGCAGAUUUUGGGGCAGGCUCAAGCAGUACCUCCAGUUCCUGCCUUCACUUCCAACCAACAGGCUCCAGUCUACCAGAAUCCACAAGCACCAGUCUACCAGAGCCACCCGGCUCCAGCUCCUGCUCCUGCUGUCGUCUCAGCAGCCCCAACCAAUAAUAAUGCAGCUGCUGGUAUUAAUAGUAAUGACCUCUCGAGGGCUUUGAAUGCGCUGAAUCCAGCUCAAAUCGGUGCUUUGAUUUCGACCUUGUCGAAUCCCCAGUCUGUCCCGAAGAUCUUCAGUGGGGUACAAGCAUCAAACGGACAAGCAAGCGCCCCAUUUCUGUCGCCACAAGCACCUGCUCCGAUGGCACAGGCUCUACCGACGCCGGUGCCGCAAAUGUCCUCACCGCCACCCACUCAAGCUGCAGCACCUUCCAGCCAUCAAUAUCAGGCCCCGUAUCACUUCCCGCAGGCAGCUCCAAGCAGCGCGAAUGUUCCCCAGAGCGCUCAGCAAUCGCAGCAACAACAACAGCAACUUCAGCUCUCCAUGAAUCUUCAAUCUCUGAUGAAUGUGGUUGCCCCGCAACAUCAGUCGACGAAGCAAGCCAUCAAUGAGAUUCACACCGGUAUGACACCUGCCACGGCGGUUUCUCAGGAUCAGUCUAGCCAAGAACUGAACAAUCAUAAUCCAGUGGAAGCUGGAGACUUUCGGAAUACUAUUGCAGCAUUGAUGAUUGCAGCACAGGCCCGGGGGCAGCAAUUACAGGGACAAGGACAGGCCACCGUUGCUCCCGUGCAACAGGAGAAACCACUUACUGCGUCUGAUGCAGCAAUUUCUACCAAGCUCCGAGACACUAUUUUGAGCCUAAUGAGUACAAAUCCAGCCCAGCAAGCCCAGCCGCCGGUGCAGCAGCAGGUGCCGCCUACGGCCAGUAACCAGGCUCAAACUAUCCAAGCUGCAUCUCCGGCUCCCGUCGCCGCACCAAUUCCUGCGCCAAUUCCAAGCGUUGGAAAUGCCAACGACAUCCUGGCUGUCAUCACCGGUCUCUUAAAUCGUACUAAUGCCAAUGCUUGUGAAGCUCAAGACUCCAAGCCAGCAGCUCUCCCACCGGCCGCAACGCCGCGGAUACAAACCACUACACAGCUUGCCGCACCGGUGAUGAAUCUAUUGGCUCAGAUGGUGAACACUCAGGUCGCACAACCAUCGCAAGUCCCAAAGCAAGCACUUGCGCAACCACAAUUUUCCCAGCAACAGUCGAACCUCAAGCCGCCACCGGUUGCCUCAGGCAAUAACAACCAACAUGGCACGCAAAGUGUGCGACAGAAUAUGUCAGGGAAACUCCAAGGUAGACUCAGGAAAGAGCGCGUGGAGCAAGACCGAAUGGAAUCACUUGCUGGUCUCCUAAAGAAGGAGCAAGAGAAAUCGCAACAUCAGAUCCAAUUGAGAAUGCUACAAGAGCAAGCCGAAGAACAGCUCGAAUCGGCUACCAAGCCGCAAGGGCACUUGGACACAACCGCCAACUGUGAUGUGGGCAAUGGCGGUUCGAUGCCGAAUGGCUUAAUGUUGCUAGCCGAGCAGGUUGAGUGUCAGAGUCAAGCGUCAUCUGAACCUUCUGCAAUGACUCCCGAGUCUACGAACUUCGUGCGACCACCGUCAACAGAUUCGAAUAGCUCGAUUGUUCCCGCCGUGGCCGGUAAUCCAACAUCGAACGUCAACAAGAAAAGGAAGCUGGCACCGGAGGUGCAGAAUAGGAGAAGCUGCCCAAGUGCGGCGGCGAUCCCCUUCGCGAGUCACCAUCACCUUCCAAAAUAUGUAACGUUCCGCCAGCAUAUCGGUGAUAGCAAUGCCGUGACCAGCACCGCUACUGAGCAAGCAGGAGCCUCGUUGAAGCGGCCGCCGCCACCACCAAGUCCUUCCGCGGCUCAGUCGGGUAACACCCUGGCAGCCCCCAAACAGAAGCGUGAGCGAGGGCGGCCCGGUGUUUUUCCGCAGAAGAUUCACCAAAUGUUGGGGGACUUGGAACGGCUUGGGAUGGAUGACAUUGCCUCUUUCUUACCUGGGAGUAAAACGCUGUUCGCCAUUCACAAGAAUAGGGAGUUCGUGUCAGCCGUCAUGCCGACGUAUUUCAACACGAAUAACUUUGCCAGCUUUCAGCGGCAAAUGAACAUGUACGGUUUUCAACGGAUCACAGAUGAAGGCCCCACCAAUGGAGCUUAUUCGCACGAGCUCUUUGUGAAGAACCAACCCUUUCUCAGUACGAAGAUCAAACGAAAGCCAGGGAACAAAAAGUCGAAGAACGGGAAGGCCAAAGCCAAGGAGACAAGUCCUGCUCUGGAGGCGAGGACGUCACCCGAUCAAAGCACGCAUCUGGUGCCACAAAUACCUGUAUUGAGCGGAAACUGGCGCGCCGUUGAACUCGGCCAAGGAGCACUCAGAUACAGUCACGACCAGUAGCGGAAGUAAAACGUAAACCAGCAAGUACAGCAGCAACGGCAGCAAUGAAGAGAAAGUGAGUGACAAUUCCCGUGCCAGCUAACUUCCGCCUGCCUACCAAGGGGGGCGGCAAGGUUUUGAAUCCGCGAAUCGAAUCUGUUUCCGUGCUCUAGUAGUUGCUUCCUCUAUGGCAGACUAGCACGGGUACAUGUAUCUGUAUGUCACUCAAAGAAGCGCCGGAUAUCAAAGCGGUUCCUUUGUGACAUUUCUUCCUUAUGCGGUUGUGUUUGAUGCAUAACGCAUACUAUGUUUAUGUAUAUUAUUUUAUCCAUUCUUCUGUUUCGUCCAGAAACCACGUCCGAAGUUGGCCUGUGGACAUGUAGCCUAAUGAUGUUUUCCACUGACGCGGAGGACUCGACUCGACGUGUAUCAGGUUGCACAUUUUACCAGUACCUCGAUCCUCGAGCUGCGCACAGGAGUUCUCGGGGGAUAACAAAACUAGACUAUGGUAUGAUGUUUGAUAGACGGUACUAGUAGCUUCAUCCGCACGCCCUGCCUUCGAACCAUCCCAGGAAGGUAUCCCCUAUGAUGAAUUAUGAUGAAUUUUCUAAAACUUGAUGAAUUGGUGAUGAAUUAAACCAUUCAUCAUGAAUUAAUGAUGAAAGUAAUUACAUUGGUGAUGAAUUCAUCAUGAAACUUUGAAUUCAUCAUCAAUUCAUCAUGAAUCCGUGAUGAAAUUUAUUGAAAAUACAGUGUGCAUUUGUGCUGCA